AUGAGUACUCCAAACCUAAAUGAAAAGGUUUACCUUUCAGAUAGUAAAAAGACCGACCACAUCGAAGAUAAACAAGAUGGUUCUGAAAUAUCUUCUAUUGAUGAAGAAGAUGCACUGGCCAACUACGAUCAUUCAUUCGAAUGGACCGAUAAAGAAGAAGAUGCCGUAAGACGCAAGAUUGAUCUUCGCUUGAUGUCUUUUGUGCUGCUCAUGACAUUUGUAUUAAACAUGGACAGAACCAAUAUCUCCAACGCAAUAUCCGAUAAUCUCGCUGCAGACCUCGGCUUUACAAAUGACGGUGUCAAUACUGCCACUCUAGUUUAUUCGUUUGUUUUCACUCUCUUCACUCUUCCCUCGACUCCCAUGGCCAAGAAAUUGGGUGCUCACAUCUGGAUCCCAUUUCUCAUGUCAUCCUGGGCAAUUGUCACUUGGGCACAUACUUUCAUUUACGAUUUCAAAGGCUUUAUGUGUAUUCGUGUUUUUAUUGCUGUGACUGAAGCUGGUUUUAUCCCUGCCUGUCUACUCUACUUAUCCUUAUGGUACAAAACUACCGAGCUUGCCACAAGAUUGUCUUGGUUCUGGGGUAUUCAGGCUUUUGCUUCAGCCUUCUCGGGACUCAUUUCAUCUGGAAUUUUUAAAAUGCAUGGAAUUGCUGGUCUCGAAGGUUGGAAAUGGUUGUUUUUGCUGGAUGGUAUUGGAACUCAAAUCGUCGGCUUUGUUGCCUUCUUCUACUUGCCCGGAUCUCCUUACAAAACAGCCGGUCUGUUGCGUGGAAAGGGUUGGUUUGACGAGCGUCAAGCAAAGAUUGCAUAUACUCGCAUUGUACGUGACGACUUGACAAAGAAAGAGCAUAAUAAGACUUUGAAGCUUGAGGACGUUAAGCUGGUUGUUGUUGAUACUAAGAUCUGGACACAUUUGUUGAUUACUUUCACUGUAAUUAUGACAACCACACCUAUCCAGGGCUAUCUUCCUACUAUGAUCAAACAGUCAGGAUUCAAUGUUACAGAAGCUAACCUUCUUUCGGCUCCUUCGUACCUCAUUGGUCUCGUUAUCUCUAUCUUUAUUGCAAGAAGCUCUGAUAAGCGGGGAAAUGUCGCACUUCACGCUCUAAUUGGAACUGUUUGGAGUUUAACCGGAUUCUUAUUAUUAGCCUUGCUACCUGAUGGAACUGGACGCUGGAGUUUAUAUGGUGCAGCCUUGUUCACAGCAUCAGCGCCCUCUGCCCACGGAAUGGAAAUUGCUUGGAUGGCUUCUAACAUCGCGCCCCUUGGAAAACGCUCAUUUGCUCUUGGCUGUGUUAUUGGAGCUGCUAACAUCUGCGGUGUCCCUGGUUCCCAAAUCUACAGAGUCGCUGAUUCCCCUCGUUACCAUCAUGGUAACUUUAUUAACAGUGGUGUCCAUAUCGCAAAUAUUAUUCUUUUGAUCGUUCAACGUACUCGGUAUGCCUGGUUAAAUCGCACACGCGCUAGAAAGUGGGACAGCAUGACCAUUGAAGAACGAAAAAUCUACAACAAGACUACAAAGGAUAUUGGAAGCAAUCGCCUUGACUUCAAAUUCAGAUUGUAGGAUUAUAUUACCUAAUUUACCCCACUGCAACUAUAGCAGUCCUCUUAUUACCCGCUCAUAUUUGCGGGAAGCUGUAAAAAGAAAUAACCCCCCUACCGCAUCUAAUAUUACGAAUCCAUUGUAUACUAUUUAACUAUCAUUACCCAAAAUUAAAAAUUAAAAAUUAAGCUAUUAUUGGCAUCUUAUCAUCGC